AUGCUAAAGUUUCAUUGGAAAGAAAUUUUAUUAUUUCUUUAUCUAUUUUUAUGGGUGCAGUUGAUAGAUCCAGCAAAACAUUUUACUGGAUACAUCCACCACGGGUCAGAAGAUAGAAAUUGUUACAGUUGUAUGUCGGAGGAAUUUGAAAAACAUUGGUCUUAUCUUGAAAAGGUUUAUUAUCGUCCAUUAAAUUUUACUGAUCAUUGUCAUACAAUGCCAAAUUAUGCUCGUAUUGGUAUACAAGAAUGUCCUCAUUCACUUUGUGUAACUGUAAUAGAACCAAAAAUUCUUGCUGGUCAACAAAUUGGUAGUAAUGUUAUUAGAGGAUGUUUCUCUUCUGUAUUUCGUCAUGGUGAUAUUUUAUUAGGAAAUGUUAAUAAACACAAUGUAUUAGAUACAAGAUGUAAUAAUAUCUCAGCCAAAAAAUUGUUACCACCACAUUUAUCAAGAAUGAGUUCCAAUAGAAUGGUUGAUGUUUGUUGGUGUGUUGGUCAACUUUGUAAUGAUUAUCCCUCAAUUAACAGUGGAAGUAGUAACAAAAACAUGUUCUUUGAUAGUAGAACGUCGCAAAGAAAUCAAAAAUUUUCAAAAUUCUUUCUAACACAAAUAACACUAGUAAUUAGUGUCUUCUUUUCAAUAUCGAUAAUUUAA